CGGUCGACUCUGUCUUCUCGCUCCCAACUCACUCUGGUCCCUCCCUCCCUUUCUUCUCCUCGAUGUCCAUUGUCCCGCACACCAUUCUGCGCCCGUUCGGCGUGAACCCGUGCGGCGGCGGCGGCGGCUAUCUGAGGCGGCACGCACGGACGUGCCUCCGCCGUGCGAGCCCCGUCGGUGCAACGAACGGGAAUGAGCCGGGCGGUAGCAAGAAGAGGAGUAGGAAGAGGCCGGCGGAGGAGUCGCGGUUGGAGGUCCUUUAUGAUGACGGGUUCGGGAGCGUCACCAUGAAGGAUUACCGGGAGGCGGUGAGGGCCAUGCCCAGGGACGACGGCGGGCCGCCGCGGUGGUUCUGCCCCGUGGAGUGCGGCCGGCCGGAGGUCGACAGGGCGCCGCUGCUGCUCUUCUUGCCAGGAGUCGAUGGUGUUGGAAUGGAGCUCAUUCUGCACCACAAAUCACUGGGCAAAGUAUUUGAGGUUUGCUGCUUUCAUAUACCAGUAAAUGACCGCACACCAUUUGAAGGUUUAUUACAAAUUGUGGAAGAAUAUGUCAAACAUGAGAAUGCUUUGUCGCCAAGCAGACCAAUAUAUAUAAUUGGGGAUUCUUUUGGUGGAUGUCUUGCAAUUUCAGUGGCAGCUCGCAAUCCAGAAAUCGACUUGGUUCUUACACUAGUAAAUCCAGGUAACCCUCUUAAUAUGGCUAUGGUUAGCCUUGAGAAUAGUUUUUCUCCACAAGAGACUCUACAAGAAUUUUCAGACAAACUCACUUCAAUGCUACCUUUAGUUUCCGAACUAGAAGAUAUAAUACAAAUGGGUGUUCUCAUGUGGAGACUUGAUCUUCUCAAGUCAGGUGCAGACUAUACCAAGUCACAACUUCACAUGGUACAAGGAGAAGUUCUACUUCUUGCAAGUGGGAGUGGGAAUCUGCCACCUAGUAGAGAAGCAGACCGACUGUUUAAGUCGCUGAAAAACUGCAAAGUUCGGUACUUUAGGAACCGGGGUGACAGACUACUCAUGGAGGAUGGCUUCAACCUUCUAACUGUCAUAAAAGGAGUAAAAAUGUACCGCCGUGGUAGACAAUGGGACUGUGUGAACGAUUUCCUGUCACCCACAUUAAGUGAAUUCAACAGAACAUUUGGUGAAGAUUUCAAACUGUUUCAUCAGUUACUGAGCCCAGCCAUGCUCUCUACAAUGAAAAAUGGGGAAAUUGUCCAUGGCCUUGCCGGUGUUCCUGACAAAGGUCCUGUCUUGUUUGUGGGAUAUCACCAACUCCUGGCCAUAGAGUGGGCUGCACUGAUUGAAGGGUUCUUGAGGGAGAAAAAAACAGUUAUCCGAACAGGGGCCCACCAUGUAUUUUUUGUUGGAAAUUAUGAGACACUACGCCAGGAGUUGUCUCUAUUUGAUUUUGUUUCUAUAUACGGCGCGGUUCCAGUCGGUCCGAUCAAUAUGUACAAAUUGUUUGAGAGAAAUGAAUUUGUUCUCCUCUAUCCAGGCGGUGUGAGAGAAGCUCUACAUAGGAAGGGCGAAGCAUACAAAUUGUUUUGGCCAGAUCAAACCGAAUUUGUAAGAAUGGCGGCACGGUUUGGAGUUACUGUCAUACCAUUUGGUUGUGUGGGAGAAGAUGACUUUUUGGAGAUAGUUGUGGACUACAAUGAUCAAAAGAACAUACCAUAUAUUAGAGACGAGAUAAAGUCAUUCAACAGAGAUUUUAUAAGAUUAAGGGACACUAUGAAAGGAGAGGAUGGGAAUCAAGUCUUGCAUCUGCCUGUUGUUUUCCCAAAAUUACCAGGGCGGCUAUAUUUCCUAUUCGGGAAGCCAAUUGAGAUGAAAGGAAUGGACAAUGUGUUGACAGAUAGGAAGAAGGCAAACCAAGUAUAUUUUCAAAUCGAAUCAGAAGUGCAGAAUGCAAUGUCUUACCUAAAGAGGAAGAGAAACGACGAUCCUUACCGGAGUAUUGUGCGACGUGCGUUGUACCAGGCAACUUGGGGUCCUUCUGCUCUAGUGCCUACUUUCGAACCGUGA